CUUCAUCUGACAUGCCGCGCGCUGCACUGCACAUAUCGUAGACCCCUUUGGCACUACUUAGAACAGUGCCCCAAACGCGCCGCCACUGGAAAGAGGUAGCGCAGACCGCGUUCACACCAAGUGAGGGAAAGCAGGGCAAGACAACUGGAAGAAAACGACGGUAUACCAAUUGCCUGCGCGUCAAACUUUACACUGCAUCUCACCAGGCGCUGCCUGCUCUUUUGAACUCGCGGGCGCCCGCGCGCUGCGAGACGUGCUGCUGACUUUACAGGCCCGCGCAUGCUGAGGACCACAACCCCCGCAGACGCGGAUAGGAGUGAGGGGCUGCUCUGGAUCUGGGAACUCACUGCCGCCUGCCGAGGGCGGCGACGCUUUCACAAAGAAACAGAUGACAAACCCAGACCGCCGCAGAGCUGGUCUUCUUAACGCAGUGUGCCUCCGCGCAGCCCAGGAGACGGCGCCCCCGCUGGGCCCCACGGCGACGGGCCCUAGCCCCCACUGGGCAUCCCAAGCUUGACCUGCAAGCCAAAGGAACCCUGAGAUCGAGACGUCGUAUGUGUGGUCGCACCUAGCGUGUUCGCCCCGUGCGUGGCCCCAGAAACCUCGCGCACCGAUCUGGCCCGAGAUGCGCCGCAGGAAGAUGAGGUCGGGCACUCGCGCCGUGAGUUUUCGCCGUGCCGCACGUCGUCGCGACGUCGGAGCUGAGGGAAGAGCCCGCCGCAGGCGCCGACCUGCUCCAGCGAUGCGCUGCUGCACCAGCGGGGAAUCGGCGCCACCGCUGGGCCCCGCGCGACGGGCCGCGAUGCGCCGCCCCAUCGGGUUCCCACGGCACCGCGGGCGCGGUGUUCAGACCGCUGUUGCAGUACUAGUGAACCACCACCGUGCAAUAGAACCGAGAACCACACGCUUCCCAAGAACCAGAGCGCGCCACCCCUUCCUGUGAGGCAAAUCAGGCUCCCUUUCUUGCGAGGUGGGCGUGUACCAACUUGAUUGUCGAAUAGUCGAUAUGGUCAGGCAGAGACUCCUUGACAGCCUUGAUGCCUUCAGAGGCCGAUCCGAGCGCAGAUACAAUGGCGGCCUCGUCUGCAGGGACCACACCGAAUCUCGACCAGUCGUACGCACAGCCUGCGGCGAUGGCAUCGACAAGGUAACCAAUCACCGUGCCUAACUUUACCCCACGUAUUUCAGCGAUGCUGCGAACGGAGUGGCCUUCGUUGAACAAGCUGUAGACUUGCUGCUUGGCGGGCGCCAAAGGCUUCAGCUCAGCAGCGGCUGGUACAAGCUGGGGAGGACCAUCCUGCGACAAGGCUGGACUGGGCACUGACGCUCGAAGAGCACGCAUGUCCUCAAGAGCAGUUGGUGACCUGAUUUGCAUUUCUCGGAAACACCUCAGCCCGACCCAUGCAUCAGUUGCUGCAUAUCUAAGUUGCUUCUCAUUGAGCGGGUGAGCUUCCCAAUUUCCCAUUCGGAUCCGCUCAUCUUUAGAAAUAGAACCACCCAACAGUUCUUCACACAUCUUAGAAAGUGACACUUUGGCAUGAGCAACAUCAAGCGCGAAUCUCGCCAAGUCAUUUAGAUCCAGAAGGCCUCGAACAUGGAGUAGGCCUUCAUCCUUGCACAGCUUCUCUGCAUGUUGCAUGCCGCCCAUGGCAAGGAGCUGCUUCUCGCGCGAAGCAAGGCCAUCGUAGUCGCGCUCGAGCUUCCGGGCAUCACUAUCUACCCCAACACCAACUUUGAGCACAUCGGAUCGGCCGAGAAGGUCCUGCAAGCAUUGGGGAAUGCCACCAAUCUUGCUCAGCUGGAAGACUACGACGAGAUCUUCGACAGAAAGCUGCACAGUGGCCACCGCCGGCUGAGGCACGCCGCGCUGGAAGCUGGAACGCCACUCGAUAUCGAAGCCAAGCGCUGCCUGGCGACUCGGCAUUGCCUCUGCAAAAGAACUACUUCCAUGCGUCUGGCUCGGUUCCGGGCUGCUCUCAACUAAUGCGGCGACCAGCAAAUUGACUGCAUCCACGCUCUCCGCUGCACUGGUGACAUACAGUAACUGCCCCGUGUACAGUAUCUCGGGUGUCUGCUGCAAUCCAGUAUCGGGCCGCUGCCGUUUGGCUGCGGGCAUGUCUUGCGAAGAGCUCCCCAAAGACAUUGGACGGCAACACUUCUCCGACGUGCAGCGACGAAGACGACCCAAAUGGCUGAAUGUCAGUCUUGAGUCAAAAUGGCUAAAGACGGCGCGAUGUUCAAAA